CAAAUUACCAAUCAUCGGCCGUCUAACGGCUGACGAAGGACAAAAAAGGAAAACGAUAAAAGCUUGCAAAGCCCUCAACCCCGGCCGCAGCAAUAACCGCAUCCAAUCCGCUUUUCAGGUAAUCGAAGCAGAAGCAAAAUCUCUCCCCCUCUCUCUCUUCAAGCCAUCGUUGUUCGGACCUCUACCUCAUCCAAUCCGCUUUUCAGGAGAGGCAUGGCUGUUGUUGGUGUGAGGCCAUUUGAAAGUUUUCCUGAUUUUGGCGCGAUCUUCAUGUGCAACAAAAGGACGAAGGGUGAAUGUUUUGCUCAUGGGAUUUUUGGACUUCCCCAUCCUUUUGCUAAUUUUGUGAAGGAGGUCAAAGCUGGAAUGCUUUUGUUUCUGUUUGAAUAUGAGGGGCGGAAGCUAUAUGGAAUUUUUGAGGCUACUUCUGAUGGUGGAAUGAAUAUUAUACCUAAAGCAUAUCGUUCAUCUGGGAAGUCCUUUCCUGCACAGGUUCGCUUUCGCGUUGUUUGGAAAUGCCGUCCCAUUCCUGAGGAUUCCUUUCGUGGUGCUAUUAGUAACAAUUACUAUGAACCUUCCAAGUUUAGCUUUGGUUUGUCCAAGGAACAGGUUGAAAGACUUGUAUGGCUGUUUCACUCUAGAGGGGUCAGAGUUGAAAAAUCUCCAAAGGUCAAGAAUGUGAAAAAGGACUCCACUAAAUCUUCUGAUAAGAUGGAUGUCGGUUGUGCAGCUCAAAUUAAUCGGAAUUCUUCAUCAGGAAUUCCAAACAUCGAGUUCAACACAGCAGUGAACUGUAAAACUACUUCAACGGACUCAUUGUUACUGGGGGAUUACAUACCCCUAUCUGAUUCAGAACAUAGUGACCCUGAAAACUAUGAUUCUACACAAAUUACAAAUUCAAGUGACGGAAAUGAUCAUAGUGACCCUGAACAUUCCGAACAUUUCCACAAAGUGAAGAAGUUGUACUGUGAUACUGUUCAGGGAAGGCCGAGUGUGUUUUCACGGUUGCAAUUUGGCACCAGAGCUGUUUCACAUGUCCAGAGUUUACACCUUUUUCAACAGGAAGAAGGUGGCAGAAAGGAACCUGAGGCUCGUGGUCCUCAACCAGUGAACACAUUAAUGAAAAACUUGGAGAAGAUGCAUGAAAAGUGGAUGAGGCAGGACACAAAUCCAAGGCAGCAGAAGAAGAGGACCAAUGUGUUUUCUCGCAUGAAUUUUCUUCCUCAAGUCCCUAUGAUGCAUAACUUGGAAGCGAACAAUGUCUCUUUCAGAAGCCCCGUAGAAGCAAAUGUGAGUGCAAAAAAGAGAAGGCGUCAAGCAUGCAUCCUAGACAAUGGAGAUGUUAAGAAUAUCAGUGUAGCAAUCCAAGUGGCAAUCGGAAAUCAGAUGAUUAAGGAAAGGGUUCACCAAGCCUGGUAAAUGUGAAGCAAACAUUUAACCUUCUGGACCGCAGCAAAAGAGUUUGAUGCGCCUUUUCUUGAAAAUCAACACAAGAAGAUGAAAAUAUUGGGUCAGUAGUUUUUUUAGCUCUAUUCUUACAUCAGUUGCUUAGGAGCUGUUUACUUUUAGUCCUAAAGGGAUUAAGAUGUCUGUCUGAAUUAAGUUGUCUGUUUGGAUUAAGUGAUAGUGAGAUAACAAACGGUUUACUAAGUGUGCUAAAUGAGAAGUCUGAAUCACAUCAAAUGACCAAAUAACCCUUCUGUUUGGAACAAGUGCUGAAUGUAUAUUGUCUGUUUACUUUCUCUGUUCUGAAACAUAAUUUCAUAUGAAUUAUUGAAAUAAAUAAGUCACAUUACA